UUUGGGUUGCCUUUCAGUCUCCGUUCAGCGCUCAUAGCAGUCAUGACUAUCAUUGUGUUUCUGGUGGACACGAGCGGCUCCAUGAACCACAGGACCCACUUCGGCGCCCGACCCACCCUUCUAGACGUGGCUAAGGAUGCCGUCGAGAAGUUCCUUAAGUCGCCAUUUAUUGUGUGUUACGGUGUAAACACUGCCGUUUCGUACGCAUAUAACGUUACGUUUGUUUGGGAGGUAGUGGUACGGCGAGAUAUGUGCGUUUGUGUAGUGUUAGCUUUUUCAAACAUUAAUAUGUCUUUUGCCUGUUUAUCACACAAACAGUUCCGACAGCGAGAUAUCGCUAGCCGUGGCGACCGAUACAUGUUAUUGACUUUCGAGGAAUCGCCAAACAAUGUCAAAGCCGGGUGGAAGGAGUCGCACGUGGUGUUCAUGAACGAGCUAAAGAACCUGACGGCCACCGGUAUGACCACAAUGGGUCCGGCGCUCAAGAACGCCUUCGAUCUGUUGAACAUAAACCGCAUGCAGACGGGGAUCGACACCUACGGUCAGGGCCGGUGCCCCUUCUUCCUGGAGCCGUCCAUCAUAAUCGUGAUCACCGAUGGCGGCCGGCUCUGCACCAACAGCGGCGUGUCCGACGACCUCAACCUACCGAUGCACUCGUCGGUGCCCGGCUCUGAGCUCACGAAAGAGCCCUUCCGGUGGGAUCAGAGGCUGUUCUCCAUAGUGUUGCGGCUGACGGGCACUUACAACUCGCCCACCGAUAGCGCCAAUUCACUCAAUACUAACUUCGCGGUGCCCACAGACGAGUCGCCCAUCGACGCCAUGUGUGAUGUCACGGGAGGUACGUAUUGUCGUGGAGAUCAUAGGCUUACCGCUCACAUGACUGUCCAAUCGGCCGUUGAUUGCGAUUUGACAACUCAUUUGAAACUAGGGCGACCAGAUCUGUCUGUGCCCUACGAGUUAAUUGGUGUUAAUAUUUGUGUUUUUUUUCUUAUUUGUGACCCCCUUUUAGGCCGUUCCUAUUGCGUGACCUCACAGCGAACCCUAAUGGCCAGUAUUGACCAACUGAUCCAACGAAUACACGGCGGUGUAGUGAUUAACUUUGAAAAGGUGGGCCCCGACCCCCCUGUCAUCAUACCCAAUGACGAGGAGGUGUCGGUGGUGGUGAGCAACACAUGUGAUACAUUGAAUGGACUCAAUAGUAGUACUAAUAGUAAUAAUAAUAAUGUGAAUAAUAAUUUAAAUAAGACUGCAAUGAAUUUAAGUGUAAAUAAUAAUAAUAAUACGAAUAACAAUACAAACAAUCUGUCAAACGAUACGAUGGGCGGCAAGUCGUGGCACUCGACCCGCAAACUCAUUUACGUGCAACGGUCGGCCCAAAAGGGCUACUCCGUGGGCCACUGGCCGAUACCGGAGUCCUUUUGGCCGGACGUGAACUGCCCGACACUGCAGCCGCGAACCGCUCAUCCGUUAGUGAAGUUCACGUGCGCCGACUCGGAGCCGACGGUCAUCGAGAACCUGCCGUUUGAUAAGUACGAGCUCGAGCCGAGUCCCCUCACGGCGCACAUACUGUCCCGCAAACAGCCGCACGUCGCGUGGCAGGUGUUCGUCGCCAACAGCCACAAGAGCACCGAAUUGGGCCUACCGUUCGGCUACCUGAAGGCCAGCACUAACCUCACGUGCGUUAACCUGUUUGUGUUGCCCUACAACUACCCGAUACUACUGCCACUGCUGGAGGACCUGUUCAAGUUGCACCAGGGAAAGCCUACGCGCGAGUGGAAGGUCCAGUUCGACAACUAUCUCAAACUCAUGCCACUGUAUUACGCGUCGCCCCUGAAGCGGGCGCUCCAGCGUAUGGGUGCGCCCAACCUGGUGCCCGACAACAUGGAGAACUGCCUGUCCUAUCCGGUACUCAAUUACCUGAAACGGCUGAAGAACUUAGCGAAAGCCGAGUACGAGAAGCUGGUGGCCACCGUGGGUACGGGCGCUAAGCCGGGCGGCCCCCUGGAGGGCAGUCGGGUGGUGAGCAACGGACCAAAUAUGCGUAAAAUGUCGGAACUGGGCCUCUGUUCCAAUCCGUUGCUGUCCAAGAGGUUCGCGGGCCUGAAGAACGAGUUGAAUGAGUUCCCGGGGUUUGUCAUCCGAUUCCGCGAUAAGUACGGCUCCGACUCGAAGACCCACUGCUAUCGCAACGCGUUUGACAUAAACCGCUCGGAACUGUUGGACCAGAUCUUCCGCAUGCGCACCAACUUUAUGCAGAGGCACACGAACGCCAUCCGCUACCAGGACGACGACCAGCUGCACAGUCUGCCCAUCAGCCAAAUGGGUAACUAUCAGGAGUACCUGAAACGAAUGCCGGUGCCGUUGCGGGAACUGGAGUCGACGCCCGUCCGGCAGCACAUGUUUGGCAAUCCGUUCAAAGUGGAUAAGCGCGGAAUGAUGAUGAUUGACGAGACGGACAUCGAUUUGGUGGGCAGUGGGGGCGGGAACGGCGGUUCGUCGCCCAUGAGGGCCGGCAAACGAUCGCCGGCCGACAUCUACCUGAACGGCCCGAAGCCGAAGCGCAAACCCGGGCCACUGCCUAAAGACUUUCCGCUGAGGCCUUUAAGUCCGAUUCCUAGUCCGCCGCCAUCGCCCACAGCGUUUUCCGCGCUGCCGACGCCCCCCGUGUCGCCCAUUCCUGUCGCGCCUCCCGUGUCGCCUAUAGCUGUCGCGCUUCCCGUGUCGCCCAUACCCGUCGUCGCACCUCCCGUGUCACCCAUACCCGUCGUCGCCCCUCCCUUGUCGCCCAUACCCGUCCCGCCUUCCGUAUCAUCCAUACCCGUCGUGCCUCCCGUGUCGCCACUGCCGGCGUCGUCCCCGCAAACGACACUGAAAACGGUGGCCAACGGGCGAGUCAUUACAAAUCAUAGCGAACACAACGGAACCCACAAUGGGCUCAAAGACGCGAAGAAAGUUCAGUUCACUCCCGAAGAGUUUGAGUUAAAGAGAUAUCUGUUUAAAUUGGUCCGAAGGCCCGGCAGGAAUUUCGAUGAACUCCUGAGGGAAUUGUCGACAAUGCGAGCGGCCCUUCGCGACCAACUGCUCCAAGAAGUGAUAGCUGAGGCCAAUAGGUUUAAGCGCAAGUCGUUGAUUGAGUUGCUGUGCGCUAACAAUAAGUUAUAAUAUUUGACGUAAUAAUAAAGUUUAUAUCUGUUUUUAUAUUCUGCAAAUGCAAAUGAAUUUUUCAAAACCAUUUAUCAUCACUUUAUAAAUCAUUAUUUGCUUCACUCUCAUAAAAUAUUUGCC